GCACCUCCCUGCUAGUGCUCCCUCCCUCGCCUUGUUGCCAAGCUAACAGCCUCUAGCUUUCCUUUUUGCAUAGCCCACAUUCUCUCUCUGUAUCUUUCUGUCUGCGCGUUAACGUUUGUGUAAGUUAAUUGAAAGAUAGAGAGAGAGAGAGAGAGUGAGAGAGCGCGCGCUUCAGAAGACGGUGGUCGGAGGUGGUAGCUUCCGCCGGUGUCGUUUUCACCAAUCCUUCGUUCCUCUCUUUCUGAGUGGGAGAUAUGUGGUUAAUAUCAUCCACAAUUCUCAGAUUGAUUCUUCUCUGCAUUGUUCUUCUCUGUUUCUCUACUCGUACAUCGCACUCUUUGUCUCUCCUUGCGGUCGAGUCGGAGCCGGUCGUUGUCUUAGAGGUAAUUAAUGCAACCGCCAAUGCGUCCCUUGCGAGAUCCAAUGAGGAUAGUUUCGCUAACAUGAUUGAUCGGGCUUUGGAGAGGGAGUUCCCCGAGAAUGAGCAGAAUGAAGAUGCUGAUGCUGGCAGUUUCAAUAAUAGUGUUGCUGGACAGCAGGCUGUGUUGGAAACUGUUGCUAGAGUUAAGUCCAAGAAAAAUGAGAGCAAAGAGGAAAAGUCAUUUCAGUUCCAUGAUGUUUUCAAUUUGGAUAACGAGAAUGGAGCAGAGGACAUGCCAACAUUAAUAGAUCGGAAGGAUAAUGUCUUCAUUAUGUCCAAUCGCAAGUCCAAGUAUCCUGUUCUUCAAGUAGACUUGAGAUUAAUAUCAGAUCUUGUGGUUGUCAUUGUAUCUGCAACCUGUGGUGGUAUUGCCUUUGCUUGUGCAGGACAGCCGGUCAUGACUGGAUAUCUACUAGCUGGAUCAAUCAUUGGACCCGGAGGCCUGAGUUUUGUCAGUGAAAUGGUCCAAGUUGAGACUGUGGCUCAAUUUGGAGUCAUAUUUUUGCUUUUUGCAUUGGGCCUAGAGUUUUCCACCACAAAGCUUAGAAUUGUACGAGCAGUGGCUAUUCUUGGAGGUCUUAUCCAAAUUUUCUUAUUUAUGUGUUUGUGUGGAAUAACAGCCCUGUUAUGCGGUGGUAAAUCUUCUGAGGGAAUAUUUGUUGGUGCAUUUCUCUCUAUGUCUUCAACAGCAGUGGUCUUGAAAUUCUUAAUGGAAAGAAGUAGUGUCAAUGCCCUUCAUGGCCAGGUUACAAUUGGAACUCUGAUUCUGCAGGAUUGCGCUGUUGGUUUGCUCUUUGCAUUGCUUCCAGUCUUGGGUGGUACAUCAGGCAUUCUUCAGGGAGUAAUAUCCAUGACUAAAUCGUUGGUGGUUUUAAUGCUAUUUUUGGCCCUUUUAUCAGUAUUGUCACGCACUUGUGUACCAUGGUUCCUGAAGCUUAUGAUAAGGUUAUCAUCUCAGACCAAUGAACUCUAUCAACUGGCAUCAGUGGCAUUCUGCCUUCUUGUUGCCUGGUGUAGCGAUAAGUUGGGGUUAAGUCUUGAAUUGGGUUCCUUUGCUGCGGGAGUGAUGAUAUCAACAACAGAUCUCGGUCAACACACUCUUGAACAGGUUGAGCCAAUUCGCAACUUUUUUGCUGCUCUGUUCUUGGCCAGCAUUGGAAUGCUUAUACAUGUCCAUUUCCUUUGGAAUCAUGUUGAUAUUUUACUGGCAGCUGUUAUAUUGGUGAUCAUUGUAAAAACUAUAGUAGCUGCUUCUGUUGUUAAAGGAUUUGGAUAUGGCAACAAGACUUCAAUUCUUGUUGGGAUGUCAUUGGCACAAAUUGGGGAAUUUGCUUUUGUUCUUCUCAGUCGUGCCUCAAACCUUCAUUUAGUUGAGGGAAAAUUAUAUCUAUUGCUCCUUGGAACAACAGCUCUCAGUCUGGUGACAACACCAUUGCUUUUCAAGCUCAUUCCUGCUGUUGUGCAUCUUGGAGUGUUGUUACGAUGGUUCCCUCCUGAUGGUCCAAUUGAGAUUGCAUAUAAAGGGGAUAGCUUUCGUUCAGACAGCGGUAAGCGCAUUACUCUGAUAGUUCAAGGCGCUCAUGAUUCAUGAUAGUUGAAAGAAAUACAACCCCAGAAGAAUAUUCGAUACGUGGCAUUUACCUAAUGGAGUGAAAGGCCCAGAAAGUGCAGAGAAAGUUGAGUAUAUAACGUUUAUACGUAUUCAAAUUGCUAAAGCACUUCCCAUGCUUGCCUGCGUCCGAAACCACACUCUGUAAUGGAAACGGCAAAUAUUCAAAAAUACAAAACUCAGAUGGAGUGGCCAGGCGCUUGAGCGUUGAUAUUCCCCAUACCUAACCAAAUUUGGGCCGUCUUAUUAUUAGCCAGAACGGCCUAAUUUUUUUGUAAAGUAAUAUGCUUUUUGUAAUGUAAUUCAUUCCAAUAUAUAUGCAUUCUUUUCAUUUCGGUUUUUUGGUUUCUAUGUAAUAUAAAUUGCAACUGUAUAAGUCUCAAUCCAAUCAGGCCAAGAAAAGGAAAAAAAAAAUCCCAAUCAAGUUGGCCAUCAAACUCUUUUCAAGUAUAAUAUUCAUUAGCGAUUAACCGGUAGAAAGAAAUUUGAUUGUC